GAGCAUGACCUCCUAGCGGAGUCCGUUGCGAAUCAAUAUGGCCCCAGUGAGGGUCUCCACUCCACCGAUCUUCGGCACUUGGAAAGGCCCGGCUUGCUGGGCCUGGUGCGGAACUGCCUCAAAGCCCAGUGGGUCUUCGAGUCGGGGCUGCUGGCGGUGUCAACCUGGGCGGAUCGCGUCAAACGCCGUGGCAACGCCUUGCAGAACCGCUUGGCGUUGGUGAAGGCGAACUUUGAAGACCUGCAUGAUCGCUUGCGCGCCUUGCCCAGCUUUCGCCGUUUGGCCUUCGAAGAAAUCCACGCGGCGGGGCACUGGGGCCGGAAGCUCUCGGGUGGCGGCUCCAGUGCAGAAAUCACGGUGCCACUGGCGAAUCACCUGCUGCAGUUUCUCCAAACAGCACCAGGUCAAGUCGAAUCGAUGAUUGAUAUUGGCUGCGGCUGGGGCGAGUGGAUCCCUGCUGCACUGCAGAAGGGCGUUGGAGAUGGCAGAUUACCUGAGAGUUUCCGCUACCUGGGUGUGGAUAUUGCAUGGCAACCCAUCAAGCACUUGAAAGAAGUGCACAAGAACAGUUUCGCUCCAAAGUUGGAGUUUGAUGUUUUGGAUGGCGUCCAAGAUGAGCUUCCCAAAGGAUAUCAAGUGGCUUUGGUCCGAUAUGUCUUUCAGCACUUGAAUUUGAGAGAUGCUUUGAAUUUGCUCCGAAACUUACGUUCUGCCGUGGAUUUGGUGGUGCUUUCUUCUUGGCCAGACAGUGAGAACGAAGAUUUGGACAACUUUGGUGGUUCGUCUGCCUAUGCCGCCAUGGAACCUUCAAGUCUGGGGAAGUUCAAGAGUUACGACCUGCGGAAAGAGCCCUUCAACCUCCCUGCACCAUUGAGUUCAUGGCCUGAGAUGAACGAUGGACGAGUGAUGUUGGCGUAUCGCACCACUUCAUUGGGAGGGCAGGGCUGGCUCAAAAAGCUGAUGGCUGAGGGCAUUUUUGCAAUCCAUGGCUCUGCCGGAAUUUCUGGUGGCGUUGUGUCGAGAUCCAGGUGUUUCUUUCAACGAGGCCACUGCAAGGGUACCAGGCCAUGGACUGGACGUGCACCAGUGGAGACUGGGUACAUGUCCUUUGUAGAAUCCGUGGCUGAGACGGACACUUGGAUGAUGUUGAUGGAUGAUGUUUGGAUGCUUGACGAGUUUGGCCAGGUGGUCAGCGAAAGCUGCGGAUUCGGUCGCGAAUUACGCGGCCUUCAGGCCCGUAGCGCAAUGCGCAGUGGGCAAUGCGUUCGGUUGUUGAUUUCCAUGUGUUUCAUGUCCAUCUUCGGCCCGGCUGCUGUGACGGCAGCCCGCCCUGGGCUGGAGGCCUCAGCUUCCUUGUCCGUGGACAGGGUGGCACCUCAAUCAACUUGGGAUGAUGAUGGCACAGACGAACUACAUGUAUGCAUCAAACUCGGAGCAGAAUGGAGAGGAGGGUCGUGUGAGUGGUUCAAAGGGGAGAAGAUCACGGAGAAGGACUGGUUCAAAGAAAGGAGCAACAUCUUUUGUGCAGUCGUGGGUCGGAUGUUUGGGCUCAAGAUUUCUUGCCAACAUUUACUUCGUUACUUUGACUUAUCAGCUACUGAGCGACUGAGCGCGCCUUGUUCCUUCAUGCUUGUAUGGGGAGCCCUGGCGGUUCGCCAGCAGUGUGUGGUGUCUUCCGGCCACGGCCUUAGCGCAGAGACGUGUUUGGAUGCAAUUGCUGCGGGAGACCCAACGGAGGCUCUGGCGGGCCGGCAGAGCCGCGGAUUGCAAGCAGCGGCAGGGAUCAUGCGUUGCCUUCCGAGUCAAAUGCAGAAUGCUGCCAUGCAGCGUCGUCCACUCGCAAGAGUUCUGGAGGAGCAGAAUUGGCGAGCAGGAGGCAUUGUUUGGAGAGGGCUUGCAAUGUUUGAGGUGGCCGUGGAUUUGACGCAAGUGGCAAGCUACCAGGAUAUCGCCACGAGCCACACUGACGUGCCAGAGCAGGCAUAUUACACCAGCAUCAUUCUCCAACAGCACGAGUGGAGUCCUAACACCAUUGGAUUUGUCAAGGCUGAAAAAUCUUCUGGCAUAAAAAAUGUCGAUCAUCUCCAGAGGUACUGGUUCUCUGAUGCUGGAGUUUGUUGGUCCUUCGCAGCAAAACGCUUUCAGCCACCACAGUCGCAUCGAAACAAGCCUGGAACAAAGGUCUUUCAGGUGGGUCUCACUUCACGCACGGGCGAGAUGCUGCAGAAAUGCCUCAGCCCUUUCUUUGAGCCCAAUAGCUAUGACCACGUGCUGAAGAAUUGCAAUUCUUUUACCGAUUGUGCCCUGGCCUUUUUGCUGAGCAAACGACUGCCUUUGAAGUACAGCAGCGCUCAAGAAAAUGUGUCGCUCCUGUCCUGUCCUGGAUGGCAAGUCAGAAAAGUCAAUGAGGCUGCAUUGAAGUUCAAUUUGGAGGCCGUGGUCAUGAAAGUGGACGAAAAUGCUUGGCGUGGCACCUCGCAGGCUGAGCGCUUUGGACAGGUUCCUGACACCGAGCGUUUCGAAAAGAGCUGA